AUGACUAGCCUCUCUCCAUCGUUGUGCUCGGCUGAGGCCUUUUCAUAUCCUCAUAUACCAGGCGCCGAAGUGUUAUCACUACAAGCUUCCCAAGUCUCAAAUGUGUCCCAGUACAUCCCCGAGUGGUACUACUACAAUCAUGGCGGCGUGACAGCUCAAAACCUCAACUUCUGCAAUGUCACAGUGACCUACAAACACACCGCCAAAAACGACACGGUCAACGUUGGCGUCCUUCUACCCAGUGAUUCCUGGAACGAGCGGCUACAAGGAAUCGGAGGAAACGGCUACACGGCUGGUCUCACAUCCAUAACAGCAUAUGGAAUGAUCGCAGCAGCUGCCGAAGGAUACGUCGCCAUUUCAACCGAUGGCGGCCACACAAGCGAUGACCCUGCAGACUGGGGCCUUCUGGAAGACGGAAUGCCAGACUAUAAUACCAUGUACAACUUCGGCAUUGCUUCUCUCGGCGAUGCAGCAAUCAUCGGAAAGAGCUUGGCAGAGAGUGCAUAUGGGUCGAAACCCAAAUACUCUUAUUGGACCGGAUGCUCGCAAGGCGGCCGACAGGGUCUGGCGCUUGCUCAGCAAUACCCCAAAGCAUAUGAUGGGAUCGUUGCUUCUGCUCCCGCAAUCAAUUGGCCGCAACUUUCGUUGGGAGGAUACUGGGCUCAGUUUGUCAUGAACCAGCUCGACGAAUACCCACACGCUUGCGAGAUCAAUGCUGUGACAGAUGCCGCACUCUCCGCCUGCGACAGCGCGGACGGUGUCGUGGAUGGUAUAAUCUCGGACCCAGAUUCGUGCGUCUUUGAUCCGUUCACUUUAGUGGGAACCAAAAUCAACUGCAGUGACACCGCAUCGCAGUUGAGAAUCUCGGCUGCCACUGCGAAAAUUGUCAAUGCUACCUGGACCGGAUCACGGGACUCACAGGGCAACUUCUUGUGGUAUGGCUUCAAUACUGGGACUAGAUUGACAGGAGAAAAUACCCCGGCAAAUACAAAAUGUGCCAACGGGACAUGCACUGCGGUAUCCAGCUUGCUAUAUGAUCGAUGGGCUCAAGUGUUUAUCGAGCACAACCUGAACUUCACCUUGAAAAACAUCACACACCAAACAUAUGACCACCUUUUCCGAAAGUCUGUCCAGCAAUGGAAUUCGGUAUUUGGAACGAAUAACCCAGAUCUGUCGAAAUUCCGUGACGCUGGGGGCAAGAUGCUAACAUACCAUGGCCUAAUGGACGAAGUAAUCCCUCCCAACGGCACGAGGUCAUACUACGAAGCGGUAACUGCCGGCGACUCGAGUGUUCAUGAGUACUAUAAGUUGUUCGAAGCACCAAUGAUGGGACACUGUUUUGGCACCAAAGGAGGAUAUCCUUCUACUAUGUUCGACAGCCUUGUUGCUUGGGUCGAGUCUGGCAAUGCACCUGCAAGUCUCCCAGUGAAAUACUCCCCAGAAGAUGGGAAGACAUACGAUAGAAUCCUGUGCCCAUACCCACAACGAGCGAAGUUGCUACAAGCUAAAGGCCUUGUUGUAAAGAAAGGCGAUGUCAGUAUCUAA